CAUGCCCCCGGGAGCAAAGCUGACCUGUUUUCACCCGCCAUCACUCCAGCUCACGCCUCAGGGCGGAGCGCGCGUUACGAGUUCACUUCCCGGCUCGCAGACGGGCCUCCCUGCGGUGUUCUGCGUCUGUGCCGGGCGGGGGACGCUGGGGCAUCGGGGCAGGAGGGCUUCCGGGCCCGUGGAGAUGCCUCCCCGAGGUUCACCCCGAGUUCCUUUUCUUUCCAACAGGGUGGAUGGGGCGCGUCCCUGGCUGACAAGCUGGUCAGAAAAUGUGAUGUUCUGAACCGUGGAUUUUCAGGCUAUAAUACCAGAUGGGCCAAAAUUAUCCUUCCCAGGCUCAUCAGGAAAGGGAACAUUUUGGACAGCCCAGUAGCAGUUACAAUUUUCUUUGGUGCCAAUGACAGCGCGUUAAAAGAUGAGAACCCCAAGCAGCACAUCCCCCUGGAGGAGUACGUGGCGAACCUGAGGAGCAUGGUGCAGUACCUGAGGUCCGUGGACGUCCCCGAGGGCAGGAUCGUGCUCAUCACGCCACCCCCGCUCUGCGAGGCCGCGUGGGAGAAGGAGUGCCUGGCGCAAGGUUGCAAGUUAAAUCGCCUGAACGUGGUGGUUGGUGAAUACGCCAGCGCCUGCUUACAGGUGGCCCGAGACUGUGGGACUGACGUGCUCGACCUGUGGACCCUGAUGCAGAAGGACGGUCAGGACUUCUCACCCUACUUGUCAGAUGGACUGCACUUAUCACCAAAGGGAAACGAGUUCCUCUUCUCCCACCUCUGGCCUCUGAUCGAGAAGAGAGUGUCUUCCCUGCCGCUGCUGCUCCCUUACUGGCGAGACGUGGCCGAAGCGCGACCAGAGCUCAGUCUCCUCGGAGACGGGGACCAUUAGGCGCGGAGCACGAGGCUGGUAGGGACACGACGCCACCCUGCACCACGCCCUCUGGUCAGAGUUGUGUCUGCUCAGGCCUAAACCUUUGCUCAUGACCCUGGACCGAAACCCUGACGUUUGUACCAGGAUGAAUAAACGCACUGUGCCUUCCCGGGAAGCGCUGCACCGAG